AUGACCCUAGAAGGCAAAGUAGCAAUUGUAACCGGCUCUGGCAGAAAUAUCGGCAGGGCAACCGCACUCGAAUUGGCGCGGCGCGGCGCAAGCGUGGUGGUCAAUGCGCGAAGCAAUCGCAACGAGGCUGAAUCUGUGGUAGGUGAGGUGGAAUCGUUCGGCGGCAAGGCAAUUGCGAUUAUCGCCGAUGUUGGCGUUAAAGAGCAGGUGGAUGCGAUGGUGGAUGAUGCGCUGUCCGCUUUCGGGCGCGUGGACAUCCUUAUCAACAAUGCCGGACUGCGCGCUGUCGACUCCAUAACAGAUAUGACGGUUGAGCAAUGGCGCAGCGUGCUCGCCGUGAAUCUCGACGGACCAUUCUUCGCCUCCCAAGCGGGCGCACUGGGCCAUGUUUGCGCCUCCAAAAUGGGCGCGCUUGGACUCACCCGCGCGCUCGCCGCCGAGCUUGCGGAGUACAACAUUCUCGUCAACCACAUCGUGCCGGGUGCCUUCGACACUUCCCCUCCUCCUGGGCAGACCAACUCGUUCGCAGCGCCGGAAGGCGCCCGCGCCGUGGGCAUCCCUGUAGGAGGUGGCAGCCUGAUAGUCAGAGUCAAGCUGUUUGCCAGCUACAAAGAGAAGGCAGGUAUGUCUGACUUGGAGAUAAGCCUGACUGAUGACGCAACCGUGUCGGAUGCUGCGCGCGAGUUGCUCCGCCUCCACCCUGCCAUUUCCAGCGAUUCUUCGCGCCUGAUGAUUGCUGUGAACGAAGAGUACCAGGAGCACGACUACCCCCUCAGCGAAAAUGACGAAGUGGCGUUCAUCCCGCCCCUCCCGGCCGGUGAAGAUAUGAUUACGAUUACUAACGAUGAGUUGUGCCCCGAAGCAAUAACCGACAGCGUGAAGCAAGACAGCAACGGCGCAGUCGUCACUUUUCUUGGCUCGACGCGGGACUCUACCGCGGAGCGCAAGGUUCUGUACCUCGAAUAUGAGGCAUACAGACCAAUGGCGGACAACCAGCUUGCUCGCAUAGCUCAGGAGAUUCGUGAGCGAUGGGGCAUCUCCGAUGUCGCGAUUGCACACCGGCUCGGCAGGUUGGAAAUUGGAGACCUCAGCCUAGUUGUCGCCAUAGCCUCCCCGCAUCGCAAGGAGGCGUUCGAGGCGAGCGCAUACGCCAUAGACCGUAUCAAGCAGAUUGUGCCUAUCUGGAAGAAAGAAUUCUUCGAAGGCGGCGAGGUGUGGGUCGGCAGCCAGGAGGAUGAGUGCGCCAAGCAGGAAACAGCAGUCGCCGCUGGCGGAUCGUAG